UUGUAGUGAGUCUGUCAUCCCUGGGGAGAUCUGCAUGUGGAUAGAAUGCCUCAUUCCUUCUCUUCUGGCUCACUGAAGGUAGCUUGAAUUUCUGAAUCCCGCUGUACUUGGGCACUUUGUACACCUAAGGAAAAAGUGCAGAGAUGAACAAAAGAAAAAGUGCAGAAAGGGAGAGAUUUGAAAAAGGAAAAAGGACCACAGAGAGACAUGAGGACAGAGACCAGAGAAAGCGUGACUCAAUAAAUCUUGGCAUGGGCACCAAGCGAAGACGAGCAACGUCUCCAUCCAGUAGCAUUAGUGGUGGAGAUUUUGAAGACAGUCUGCAGUCGCCACUCACCCCAGGGUCAAGUAGAAAGCGACGAAGAACAUCAAGUGUGCCUUUUGUGGAUCCUUUCUCUCCUGAUGGGCAGGGAGACAUUACCCAGAGUGCCUUGUGCCAUGAAUUGUUCAACACAGUCCGAGACUACAAGGACGAACAAGGAAGGCAACUGUCCGAACUCUUCAUUCGUGUACCAAAACGAAGAAAUUUGCCUGAAUAUUAUGCUGUAGUCUCCCAGCCUGUUGAUUUGGUAAAAAUCCAGCAGAAGUUGAAGAUGGAAGAAUAUGAUGAUGUGGACCAGCUCACUGCAGAUUUUCAGUUGCUGUUUAACAAUGUUAAAGCGUAUUAUAAGCCUGAUUCCCCAGAAUAUAAAGCUGCUGUAAGACUGUGGGAUUUGUAUCUGAGAACACGUAACCAGUUCAUUCAGAGAGGGGACGGUGAGGAAGAUGAAGAUGAGGACAAUGGAGAGGAGAGUCUCAGAACCACCUCCACCCCAGAGGAAGAUACAUAUCAAACAGUUUUAAAGGACGUCCUUCAGCAGCUUUUAGAUGCUAUUGUCACUGCAACUGACCCUGCAGGCCGCCCGAUCAGUGAUCUUUUUCAGAAAAUUCCUUCAAAACUGCACUAUCCAGACUACUAUGAAAUCAUUAAGGAGCCUAUGGACCUUAAGAUUGUCGCACACAGAAUUCAGACUGGAGCUUACAAAAGUAUUACGGGAAUGGCCAAAGAUAUUGACCUUAUAACAAGAAAUGCAAAGACCUAUAAUGAACCAGGGUCACAAGUGUUCAAGGAUGCAAACUCUAUUAAGAAGAUAUUUGCAAUGAAGCGAUCUGAAAUUGAACAGACAGAGCCAGUUAAAUCUACCCUCCGUAUAAGGCAUGUAAAGCUUGCUUUGCUACUUUUUGCAUACCAUUCUAGUAUACUAAGUAUAAUUACUUUAUUUAGUUCAAUGUAUAUUUUUCUCUACUGCAGAAGUAAAAGAUCAGUGCAAGUAGACCGCUUGUCUGCCAUAACCAUGGCACUGCAGUACGGUUCUGAAAGUGAAGAAGACACUUCUUCUGCAGCUGCUCCUUCACAAUAUGAAGAAGCUGAGUCUGAGGUGGAAAGCAUAAAUUCUUCCAUGGAUACCGCCAGUCCUUUCUACCAGCUGUAUGACGCCAUACGAAACUAUCGUAAUAAUAAGGGUCAGCUCAUUGCUGAGGCUUUCUUCCAGCUUCCUUCGAAGAAGGAGUAUGCUGAUUACUAUCAGCAAAUCAAACAGCCAAUUUCAUUGCAACAAAUCAGAAACAAGAUAAGGAACAAUGAGUAUGAACAUCUUGAUCAGAUGGAAGCUGAUAUGAACUUAAUGUUUGAAAAUGCAAAACGUUACAAUGUUCCUAAUUCAGCCAUCUAUAAGCGAGUGAUGAAACUGCAGCAUAUAAUGCAGAUAAAGAAAAAAGAGCUUUCUCGAAGUGAUGAAAUCGAGGAUGGAGAAGACAGCAUGAUUUCUUCUGCCACUUCUGAUACAAUUGUUGCCAAAAAGAAAAGUAAGAAGAGUAUAAGAAAGCGGCGUAUGAAGAUUCUGUUCAAGUCUGUUUUGGAAGCUCGUGAAUCUGGGACAGGAAGGAGACUAUGUGAGCUUUUCAUGGUGAAGCCAUCCAAGAAGAAUUAUCCUGACUACUAUAAAAUCAUUCUGGAGCCCAUGGACUUAAAGACUAUUGAGCAUAACAUACGCGGUGGCAAAUACUCUGGGGAAGAGUCUCUGCUUGAUGAUAUGAAGCUGAUGUUCCGCAAUGCAAGGCAUUACAAUGAGGAGGGUUCGCAGGUUUACAAUGAUGCAAAUGUGCUGGAAAAGAUGUUGAAGGAGAAAAGAAAAGAACUAGGGCCACUGCCCGAAGAUGAUGACUUGGGCUCUCCAAAAGUGAAGCAAAACAGAAAAAGUGGCUUUUCCCCUAAAAAGUCUAAGUAUCUCACACCUGUACAGCACAAAAUGAAUGAACUGUUUGAGGCGGUAAAAAACUACACUGACAAGCGGGGACGGCGUUUGAGUGCCAUCUUCCUGAGGUUACCAUCACGAUCAGAACUUCCCGACUAUUAUGUGACUAUCAAAAAGCCAAUGGACAUGGAAAGAAUUCGUAAUCACAUGCUAGCUGGCAAGUACCAAGACAUCGAUGCCAUGGUUGAUGACUUCAUUUUAAUGUUUAACAACGCAUGCACUUACAACGAACCCGAGUCACUCCUGUACAAGGAUGCCCUUGUCCUCCACAAAGUCUUGCUGGAAACAAGACGAGACCUGGAAGGAGAUGAGGACUCUCACAUUCCCAAUGUCAUACUGUUAAUACAGGAACUGAUCCACAAUCUUUUUGUUUCUGUAAUGAGCCACCAAGAUGAUGAGGGACGCUGUUACAGUGACUCAUUAGCAGAGAUCCCUGCAACUGACCCAAACUUCCCAAAAAAGCAGCCCCUGACUUUUGAGAUUAUCCGGAAGAAUGUGGACAACAACCGGUACAGAAGGCUUGAUUUGUUUCAGGAACACAUGUUUGAAGUACUAGAAAGAGCAAGGAGAAUGAACAGAACAGAUUCCGAAAUCUAUGAAGAUGCAGUGGAACUACAGCAGUUCUUCAUUAAAAUCCGUGAUGAGCUUUGCAAAAAUGGAGAGAUCUUGUUAUCACCAGCUCUCAGCUACACUACUAAACACCUCCACAGUGACCUGGAGAAAGAAAGGAAAGAGAAGCUACCUCGGGAGAUAGAGGAAGACAAGCUGAAGAGAGAAGAGGAAAAAAAAGAAGCUGAGAGGAGUGACGAGCCUUAUGGAAGUGUUGGCCAUUCUGUCUUGCAACGCACUUAUAGCCAAGACUGCAGCUUCCGGAACAGCAAGUAUCAUGUCGGAGAUUAUGUAUAUGUGGAACCUUCUGAACCCAACCUACAGCCUCACAUAGUCUGCAUUGAGAGGCUGUGGGAAGAUGCUGCUGGUGAGAAAUGGCUGUAUGGCUACUGGUUUUAUCGACCUCCAGAAACAUUCCAUCUUGCAACUCGAAAGUUCCUAGAGAAGGAAGUUUUCAAGAGUGACUAUUACAAUAAAGUGCCAGUCAGCAAAAUACUGGGCAAAUGUGUAGUUAUGUUUGUUAAGGAAUACUUUAAAUUGCACCCUGAAGGGUUUUCUAGUGAUGAUGUCUACGUUUGUGAGUCACGGUACUCUGCAAAGACCAAAUCUUUCAAGAAGAUUAAGUUAUGGACCAUGCCGGUCAGCUCCGUGAAGUUUAUCCCACGAGACGUUCCUCUGCCAGUUGUGCGAGUCGCCUCUGUAUUUGCCAACACAGAUAAAAUUGAAAGUGAUAAACCUGUGGAAGUUGCUGAAGAAGAAAGCAAACCAGAUGAACCUCCUGUUGUUCUUGAAAAGGAGAAAGAAGAUGUUCCAGUUGACAUGCCUAAUGGAGAUUCUGGCUGCCAGUACUUUGAGCAGCUUCACUACAAUGACAUGUGGCUGAAAGCUGGCGAUUGUGUCUACAUAAAGUCCCAUGGUUUAGUCAGACCUCGAAUAGGCAGAAUUGAAAAAAUGUGGGUUCGGGAUGGUGCUGUCUAUUUUUUUGGACCAAUUUUCAUUCAUCCAGAAGAAACUGAGCAUGAGCCAACUAAAAUGUUUUACAAGAAAGAAAUGUUUCUCAGCAAUCUGGAGGAAGCCUGCCCUAUGAGCUGUGUGCUAGGGAAAUGUGCCGUGUUGUCAUUCAAGGAAUACAUUUCCUGUAGGCCUACAGAGAUCCCUGAAGAUGACAUCAUGCUGUGUGAAAGCCGUUACAAUGAAAUUGACAAACAAAUGAAAAGGUUCAAAGGGCUGAAAAGGUUUUCACUCAAUGCUAAAGUGGUGGAUGAUGAAAUUUACUACUUUAGAAAACCAGUCGUUCCUCAGAAAGAGCCAUCCCCCUUAUUAGAAAAGAAGAUUCGGGACCUGGAAGUUAAGUUUGCAGAAAUAGAAGGGGGAGUUGAAGAAGAGAUGGAAGUGAUAGCAGAAGAAGAGGAAGAAGAAGCAGAGGUUGUGGAACCUCCACCGCCACCUCAGAUCCAGACCCCUUCAACCAGUGAACUGGACGUGAUGCCCUACACUCCUCCACAGUCGACACCAAAAGUUGUUAAGAGCAGCACAAAGAAGGAAGGAACAAAACGGAAGAUUAACAUGAGUGGGUACAUCCUUUUCAGCAGUGAGAUGAGAGCUGUCAUAAAAGCUCAGCACCCUGACUACUCGUUUGGGGAACUCAGCAGACUUGUGGGGACUGAAUGGAGAAAUCUUGAGGCAGUCAAGAAGGCGGACUAUGAAGAGCGAGCUGCCAAAGUUGCAGAGCAGCAGGAGAGAGAGCGUGCAGCCCAGCAACUUCUGCUGCAGCAGCAACAGCAGCAACAGCAGCAGCAGCAGCAACAACAGCAGCAGCAGCAACAGCAGCAGCAGCAGAUGUCACAGCAACAGAGUGCAUCACCACGAGCAGGUACUCCUGUCGGUGCUAUCAUGGGGGUGGUGCCACCCCCUACACCUAUGGGAAUGCUCAAUCAGCAGAUGACCCCUGUUUCAGGCAUGAUAGGUGGGUACCCUCUACCUGUUAUGCCGACUUUGCAGGGCCCAGUCGAUGGCAUGGUCAACCUGGGCAGCAUGCCGCCACUUCAUCCAGGGGUGCCUACACCACCCCAUCUUCUUCCGCCUGGCAUUCCAGUCAUCCCACCACCGGGUGUCCUUGGUCAGGGUUCGCCAUCUAUGACGGGUUCUCCAGCACCAGUUGGGACAACAUAUAGCCAACAGUAUUUUCCACAAAGGAUGAUAUGGCCACGUAUACCCAACUCGUGUAAUUACCAGAAGGUGGGCAUAAUGGGAGCUCAGAACCAGCCAGCUCCACCUCCAUACCCAGGCCCUAGCCAUUCGAGUCAACCUGUUAUGCAACAGCCUUCCACACCAAUGUUUGUUGCUCCUCCUCCAAAGACCCAGAGGUUGCUGCAUUCCGAAGCCUACCUAAAAUACAUAGAAGGACUUAAUGCAGAGUCAAAUUAUGUCAGCAGAUGGGACCAAACUCUCUCAGCACGUAGACGAGAUGUUCACCUAACAAAAGAACAAGAGAGCCGCCUGCCAUCACACUGGCUGAAGAGUAAAGGAGCCCAUACCACUAUGACCGAUGCUCUAUGGAGACUUCGAGAUUUAAUGUUGCGGGACACACUCAACAUUCGUCACGCUUACAAUAUUGAAAGUGUUUGAUCACAAACAUUUACUGAUUUAAUUGGUGUACAUGCUGAAGUUUGUGUGUUUUAGGAACUUGGUUAAUUUCAAAUGGUCAUUUUUAACGUGUCUGUGUAUUAUAAUGUCCCUUUUUAAAGUAAACUUUUUAAUAAGUG